UAAAAGCAACAUCCUGUCUUCUGCAUCUCCUUCAGGAAUCAGAAACUUAGAGGUGAGGAUCAGCUUGUCUCCUGUGAAAGGGAAAAAUGUUUCGAUAUUCCUGAAAACUAAGAAUAUGUUUCUGAGAAAUAAAUAGACAAAUUAGAACAUCUGAGUUGAGAUUAUACACUUGAAGUAACCUUUAAGACUUAGACAAACAGGAUAUAUCAACAAGGUUAUAAAGUAGUCUAAAUUGACAUCUCUGACAUUUCAUCCUGUGGAUUAUUAUCACGGUACCACAUCAAAAAAGAAGUUAUGAUGACUGAUCCAAACCGUAUUCUGAAUAUCAGUGACUACAAUGACUUCUACGGAGGGUUGAACGACACAGAUCUCCAGAACUCGACUGAAUUUGUUGUGGAUGAGAAGACGUUGCUUUGCUCCUCCGCCUCCAUGGUGGAUGCCGUCAACAUUGCGUUCUGUGUCUUAUUUGUGUUCAUCUUUCUGAUGGCUAUUCCUGGGAAUCUGAUCGUAGGCUGGGUCAUCAUCUCGCACAAACACUUGCUUACCGCCUCAGAUGUUUACUUAUUCAACCUGAUGCUGGCCGACACGUUAUUGGCUCUGAUUCUACCAUUUUCAGCGUUUUCCGUGAUCCAAGGUUGGGUGUUUGGUGAUAUUGCAUGCAAGUUGGUUUGCCUGGUGAAGGAAAUGAACUUCUACACCAGUAUUUUGUUCCUGGUGUGCAUCAGCGUGGAUCGCUACAUGGUCAUCGUCAGAGCUAUGGAGUCCCAGAAGGCUCAGAGAAGAUUGUGCAGCGGAGUCGCCUGUGCAUUUGUGUGGGUCUUUGGAUUGGUGCUCUCUUUGCCGUCAUUCUACAACGAGGUGUAUUACGAGCCAGUUUCCCAGCAGACCAUUUGUGCAGAACGCUUUGAGACGAAUAACGCUGACGAGUGGCGACUGGCCACGCGUAUCAUGAGGCAUCUGCUCGGGUUCCUCUUCCCUCUGGUGGUCAUGUUAAUCUGCUACAGCUUGACAGUGGAGCGGCUCUUGCGUACACGCUGUUUCCAGAAACAGAGAGCCAUGAAGGUCAUUGUGGCUGUGGUUGUGGCCUUUCUUCUGUGCUGGACCCCCUUUCAUGUUUCGACAAUUGUUGACACCCUCCUGAGGGCCAGAGUGGUUCAAUUCAGCUGUUCCACACAAACGUCGGUGGACGUCGCCAUGUUCGUAACUCAAAACCUUGGCCUUCUGCACUGCUGUGUGAACCCGUGGCUGUACGCCUUUGUGGGAGAGAAGUUCAGAAAAAGAUUUCUGCAAAUGCUUCAUAGAAAAAGAGUUCUGGAGUCAUUCUGCCUCUCCAGAUCUAGCAGGGCUACUUCUUUGACCUCGGAAGCCACUUCCAGCUUCCUCUGAGCUAAACAAUGGACAUCAGUUCAUGCGAACUUUAAAUAAUUUAGUGCACCUUCCCUUGCUUGGUUGAACUAGAAAAACACUUUGUUGUACAGGGCUAAUUGCCAUGAUGAAUUGGCACCCUCUAUCGGUCAGAAAAAGCACCUUUUUGAAGCCUAAAUGAAUAAAAAGGAAAGGAGCUACACCACAUUUGCUCAACUUCAGCAUCACCAACUCUAAGCUUCCGACAACACUUUCAUUCUUUAUUUAAAAAAUUAUUUUCAUUGUACGUUUGAAUUAGAAUAGUUUGCAAGAGCUUUGUUAUAAACACAGUGAGGGUGUUAAAGUGGACUAGUGAUUGUAUGAGUUUACGUGUUUGGCAUUUAAUGUCCCCGACAACCUCUGUAGUCUCAUUUUGACGCUUGAAGACAACUGCUUUUUUCAAGACAAGUGAAAGCUUUAAAAAACACACAGAC